CCACUAGACCGGGGCAGGAACACCGAGAUGCUUGUCUGGAAACUUGCCAUCUGCCUGUUGGGCACUGCUACAGGAGCCAGGAUCGGGGAGGAGUACGUGCACCCUCGGAUCCUGGAGGAGAGAUCUUCAGAUGGCCUCAAGCUGGUGUCCGUCGACGGGAAGAAGAUUCUCAGGCUGGAGAAGGCGUCCGUGCUAGCCGAGACCCUACUCGUGACGUCAUACGACGGGAACGGGCAAGUGACGCACACGACGAUUCAAGCCGAAGAAAUUGAGAAGCACCACUACCGUGACCGGGACCAAUACGCUUCUUUGAUGGUGCGCGAUACAGCAAAUGGCCUCGAAAUGACAGGGAUGGUGGACGCGGUCACUCGAAUCGAGCCUGUGCUCACAGCACCGCGAUCGUUGGACGGAUCCUUGCCCCACAGGUUGCACACCCUGGCAGAGGAAGAAUUGGAACGGCUCAAGAAGAUCGCUACUCCAAUAAAAUCUCCGACGGCAUCGCUCCUGGCUCCAAGGUCCCCGUCGGUCGAUCAAGACUGGCGCGAAGCCAAGCAAGAGGUAUCCAUCAUCUCGGAUUCGGAGCACCACAAGGGAAUGACUAGAACACAGAUAUGUGCCUACGUAGUCGUUUUCAUGACUGCUGUAAACAUGCGAUUUGAUCAGACGUCGUAUCCAAAGCUCCAGUUUCGGGUGGUUCAGAUAGGGACGACAACGGAGGAGGAAGAGAGGUCGUUCCUCGAAAUACACGAUGGAUACGUGGAACCAGAAAAUACACUAAAGAAAAUGUUUAAUUUUACGAGACAAUAUCAAGAUAAUUAUCCCGACCUGUUUGUGGUGCUGACCGGGAGACAAUUAGCAACCCUGAAAAACGGAUCUCUGUCUAAGGGGAUUGGAGGUAUGGCACUAAUAGGUGGAGCCUGCACGACGUAUGCAAACUAUGCAGUUGCUGAAGAUCGAGGGCAAAUGUAUUUUGGUAUUUACUAUGUCACUCACGAGUUGGGCCAUUCGUACGGUUGUGGUCACGAUGGCGAUGGACCGGUCGAAUAUAUUGCUGGCCACAAGGGCUCCCAGGAUAAAGACUGCGACCCCAGUAGGGGCUUCAUCAUGAGCUAUCUUGAUGGCGGAGCCAGGAAAUUUUAUUUUUCUAGAUGCUGUUUGCGAGAUAUGCGGAAUUUCUUGAGCAACCAGUCAAAAAGCUGCUUCAAUAAUACAUUUGGCCAGGACAUGAUGGAGAUGUACCCGAAUUUUCUCCCAGCCAGCGUCACCACCGUCUCCCGAUACUGCGAGGCAAGGUACCCAGAUAUGACUGGUGUCCGCCAUGAACCGGACGUGCUGAAGGAGGCGGAUUGCCUGGUGGUUUGUUCAGGCACUAAUAAAGAUAAGUUGAAGAGAUCCUUCGUUACCCAGGCUCAAGAAGGCAUGAUCUGUGCAGUAGGAAAGAGAUGCAUCAAAGGACAAUGCACUGCGGGUUAG